AGAAAAAACAGUAAUAUUAAUAUCUGGAAUUGCUGGUAUUGGGAAAACAUGGUUGCUUAGAAAAUGUUUGCUUGAUUGGUCAAAUGGUUUAAUUUGGAAAAAUGUUGAACUUGUUUUUUAUUUUGAAUGCAGGAUACUCAAUUCAUAUGCAAAUAUUUCUAAUAUUAAUGAAUUAUUAAAUAUUUUCUACAAGGAUAUCAUAAACGAUUUUAAAUUUAGUAGUCACACUGCACUGUUUAUAAUUGAUGGUUUCGAUGAAUUUAAAUAUUUCAAUGAGUUAUUAAAUCCAAGUUUGACCAACAUUCCGAUUGUUAAAGUUUUACGAGAAAUUCAAAAAUACAAACAUGUAAUUGCUGGCAGAGUUUAUGCAGUUGAUCAAUACCAAAGUAUAUCUACAAAACAUAGUGAUAAGUUGACCAUUCAAAUAAUGGGAUUUAAUGAAAAUGGAAUAAAUAAUUAUGUAAAAAAUCAUGUUGUGAAAGGGAAAAAAAAAAUUGUAAAAACAACUUUAAAGGAGUCUCCCAUUGCAAAAGCCAUGGCAUCUGUUCCAUUUUAUUUAUCAUCAUUGUGUAAAAUUAUAAGUAAUUCAGAAAAAACAGAUUUAAAUUUUUUUUUAACAAUGACAGAUUUGUAUGCUAAUAUUUUUUUAUAUUUUUUGCGAGAGCACAUCAUUAAAAUCAAUAAAUUGAUUUAUGAGAUAAUGGAAGAUAGUUCCAAUAAAAAUUACAUUUUAAAUAUUUGUAAAAUUGCAUAUAAAUUAUUUGUUGAAAAUAAAAUUAUAUUUUCCGAAGAAGAAAUUCAAGACUUUUAUAGUGACUUUGACAGAAAUGAAGGUAAUUUUUUUGGAUUUAUUGAAAGGAUUAAAACUGAUCUUGGUUGUUAUUAUCAGUUUGUGCAUUUGACUAUAAUGGAGUUUUGUGCAUCUGUUUAUGCAUAUAAUUGUUUAAGUAGUGAUGAGAUUAUGGCCAAUGAGAAGCUGAAGAGUUGUUUAUCAAUGAUUUGUGGAUUAUCUAAUAAAAACAAAAAUAGUCUAAUAAAGUUUCUUGUUAACCUAACUCCUUCAAAAAAAUGCAAUGAAAAAUCAUCACUCUUGUUUUUUAUUUUGGAUCGUUAUGAUAGCAAAGAUUACCAUGAUUACCAUUUAUUCAUUGAAUGCUUUUAUGAAAAUCAAUCAUCAUUUAAUGAUGAAAUUAAAUCAAUUGUUGAUAAACGAUGGGGGAGGAUUUCAAUUUACGAUGGAAAAACUUCUUACUUUACUUCUUGCGAAACUUAUUUCAUAAAUCAUUACAUAAAAUCUGGAAGAAAGUUAUCGUGGUUAAUAAUUAGUAAAAAUAUUUUAAGUGAUGAAGAAAAAAAACUUUUAAUACAAUGUUCAACUAAUGUUCGCGAUGUCAUCUUUUAUCGUCCAAUUAAUUUCGAAGGAUGGAAACCAAAAGAUAAGAUUAAAGAGUUGACGAUGUGGAUCUCAGAUUAUUUAAUAACAAAAAAAGAUUUCGAAGAAAAUUUUCUUCCGUGGAUUAAUCUUUGUGAAGGAUUAGAUCUUCGACUUCACGACGACAUUGAUUUUAUUAAAGAAUUUUAUGAAUGGAUUCGUUGUUCGAAUGUCAAGAAGUUUAAGAUCUGGUACUGUGGAAAAGAUUUUUAUAACCUCGAUGAAUUAAAAAACUUUACAAAACGAUAAAAUAUUUAAUACCUUAAAUAUAUUAAAUAAAAUGUUUUUAAAACCGUGAAUAAAACUUUAUUAA